AUGGCGCCUCCAAGAUCCAGCCGAGUACGGCCCUCCGAGGUUGCGGCUGAUACCAAGAGGAAUUUCAUACCGCUUGUGAAAAAGAACUAUGGCGAGAUGUUUCCGCCAUACUCUUAUCUCUACCGGCAGCCCAUUGCACAGCUCGCCAUCCAGCGUCAGAAACCUACAACGCGGCCACCCACAUUCAGAAUCGAUGUUGGAGAUCCGGUUAUGCAAGCGUUGGCCUAUGCAGGUAUGGACACACAACAAAGCGAGGCCAUGGGUGGCCCCCGCGUGCGUAUUCCUUUCAUUUGCGCUGCCAAUGAACGCAGGCCUGGAGGAGACUGGGAAACUGGAUGCGUCGGGUAUGAGGAAAAGCUGUGCAGACGAAGCAACCUCUCAGCCACACUGAAUACGCCUUGGCCAAACUCUCCAGAGUCCAAUAACUAUCCCAUUCCAUCACAAGGCGGCAUCUUUUCAGACGCUGUAGUGGUCUGUCGUGGUCCUCAUGAUCGUUACGAUAGGCUAGACAGUUGGUAUGACCUUCCCGUCGUGUCAGUACCACCCACUCGGUGGCCAAAACUCAAGGACAACGGCCUCAAAUACUCUUUCGCAGAGGAACGUGAGAUGACUCGCGACAAACUUCGUGGCGCUCUCCGUAUAUGUCUUUACAACGGAUACGACCGUGUGGUCAUUGGGGACUUUGGUCUAGGCAAUGGAUAUCGCAACCCUCCUCAGGAGCUGGCAGAGCUAUGGCGAGAUGUCUUUCUUUUCGAUCCUGACCUUCGAGGGCAAUUUGCCUACGUGGUCUUUGUCUUCGAAGACCCUCAACAAAGUACAAUGCGCCACAUUCUAGACGAGAUUGUCAAAAAGGAAAGCGGCUCAAAGAACAAAUCCAGGUCCGGAUCGUCAUCCUCAUCUACGACUAGUAAAAGUCACAGCAAUGCCCCUACUGAUCGCCAAAUCUUCGAACAUGUCUUUGAUGCCGCGGAGGUAGAUCGAGUUCUUCGACAGCCGGAUCCACGUUACGGACUUGGCAUGAUUACAACAUGA